AGCGGGCUGGGCAGGACGGGGCUGGACGGACGGUCGGAUCUGCUCUCCCUUCAGGUGCAAAGAUGGGGUGCUUCACCUUUAUCAAGGUCAUGAUGAUCCUCUUCAACCUGGCCAUCUUCCUCAGUGGUGGGACCCUCCUGGGAGUUGGCAUCUGGGUCAAAGUGGAUGGAGAGUCAUUCCUGAAAAUAUUUGGGACGCUGUCCUCCAGCAUCCUGCAGGUUGUGAAUGUGGCCUAUCUCCUCAUUGUCAUUGGUGCCAUCCUGCUGGUGAUCGGCUUCCUCGGGUGCUAUGGUGCCCAGAAGGAGAGCAAAUGUCUCCUGAUGAUGUUCUUCUCAGUGGUGCUGAUCAUCUUCAUUGCUGAAGUUGCUGCUGCCGUGGUGGCUCUGGUCUUCACAGGACUUGCAGAGACGUUACUGACAGGGCUGGUGACCCCCCUGCUGAAGGAGAAGUAUGGGGCGGAUGACGCAUUCACACAGAUCUGGAAUAUCACCAUGACAGAGGUUCACUGCUGUGGCCUGAAUAACUACACAGACUUCAACAACUCCUACUAUUUUGAUACACACCACGGCUACCCCAGGCAGUGCUGUGGCACGGAGGAACCCUGCAACAGCACUGUGGCUGCAGAAAUGGCUGUCCAGGGCUGUUUCAACCAGAUCCUGGAAGAAAUCAGGACCAACGCAGGGGUGGCAGGCGGCGUGGCAGCCGGCAUCGCUGCCUUGGAGAUUGCAGCCAUGGCCGUCUCCAUGUACCUGUACUGCCGGCUGGAUGAGAAGUGACCCCCUGAGGCAGGAGGAUGAGCUGCCACCCCCCAUGCUGGGGUGCACCUGUGAUGUGCCAUGCUGUCAGGGGGACCCCAUCCCUCCCCGGGUCUGAUGCUCUCCUGUGCACUGUGAUUUGUAGCUGUAUUUUGAUCUACUGAGCUGGGAUCUGUAGAGUUUGUGUAUAUUUUUGUACUGAUAUGGCAUACAGAGCUUGUACAUAGAGAUUUGGGGUGGGUUUUGAUUGGGAGGGGAUGUUGGGAGAAGCUGCUUGGUCUGUUUGGCUGAUGCCAGCAGGAGAUAAAGCAGCACAGGGGCUGUUCAGGGCUGCUGAUCUGGCAAUGGCACAGUGAUGCCCUUCCCUGGCAUGGAGACAGCCCUGGUGGUCCCUGGCUCUGCAGGGGCUGAGGCUGCCCUGUACCCCGUGCCAUUUUGUGCCUGAGCCCCUCUCCCUGCUGUAAAGAAUGGCAAAUAAAUUUUUCAUCUUGGAUACAAAUU